AUGGCAGAGGAUUUAACCGCGCAGGUGCUCAAGGUCCUGAACUCAACAGACGGUCCUGUUGUCACAUCUGAAAUCUUUCCCAAUGCCACCUUUGUCAGUGUGAAGUCCGCUGUCGACAGAUUGCGGUCUAGAGAUUUUAUUGAAGCGGAGCAAGUCGAUCAUUUAGAACUUGUCCUGACAAAAGAAGGCCACGAUAUCGCUGAACAUGGAAGCAAUGGCGCAAGAGUUUUCGAGGCAGUUCGAGCCGCAAUAGAAGGACUGAAGAUCAAAGAUUUACCAGCGGCUGUGGGCGACGCAAACGUGGCCAAGUUCGGCUCAGGAGAUGCGUUCAAACUCAAGUGGAUCAAGAAAGAUGGAGACGCGCUCAGGGCAGUAGCGGACAAGAUCCAGGACGAGGUACAGGAACAACUGCGCGAGAUCCGGUCCCGGAAAGCCCUCAACAAUCCCAAGGUUGUUGCAGACUUCAAGAAGAGGAAAUAUGUGACGGAACAGAAAACUGUGGCCUUUAAGAUCUCAAAGGGCCCUAAAUUCUCGCCGGAAUUCGUCAAGGAAGAAGCGGAUCUGACAGCGGAAAUGUUGGCAUCCGGGGCAUGGAAGACAGUGCAAUUGAAACCGUACAAUUUCAAAGCAAAGGGGGCACCUACGCCAUCCGGAGCUCUUCACCCUCUCAACAAAGUCCGUCAGGAGUUCAGAGAGAUCUUCUUUGAGAUGGGAUUUGAGGAGAUGCCAACGAAUCGAUAUGUGGAGACCGGUUUCUGGAAUUUUGAUUCACUUUUCGUUCCUCAACAACACCCCGCCCGCGACCUCCAAGACACCUUUUACAUCUCAGAUCCUCCCAGAGCCGAUCCUCCGCGGGCAGAUUCAGAACCUCUGGCUCCCGGGGAGAAACCCACCCCUUUCCCCUCACCUUCACAUAAGAGAACGAAGUCGAAAGAGAAGACCUUGGACUUCAAGAAAUACUGGGAAGACGUCCGUGCUGUGCAUGAAAAUGGGAAAUUCGGUUCGAUAGGGUACAGAUAUCCCUGGUCUGAAGAAGAGUCUUUGCGAUUGGUUAUGCGAACACACACUACGGCAAUCUCUGCAUACAUGCUCCACAAACUGGCAGUGAACCCUCGACCAGCGCGGUAUUUUUCCAUCGACAGGGUCUUCCGGAAUGAAACAGUUGAUCAAACGCAUCUUGCAGAAUUCCACCAAGUGGAAGGCGUCAUUGCCGACUGGGGUCUCACACUGGGCGGACUGAUCGGUUUCAUGGAAGUCUUCUUCGGCAAGAUGGGUAUCAAAAAUCUGAGGUUCAAGCCGGCGUACAACCCUUACACCGAGCCGAGUAUGGAAAUCUUCAGCUACCACGAGGGACUGAAGAAAUGGGUGGAAAUAGGAAACAGUGGAAUGUUCCGGCCGGAAAUGUUGGAGCCAAUGGGGUUACCAAAGGAUAUGCGGAUAUAUGGCUGGGGCUUGAGUUUGGAGCGACCAACUAUGAUCAAGUAUGGUGUCAACAAUAUUCGGGAACUUCUGGGACAUAAAGUGGACCUCAACUUCAUUGAACAGAAUCCUGCUGUCCGACUGCACAAAGAUUAG